GGGACAAUGUAGCCAUGGGAAAGAUCGAUGCCCACGAGCUGGAGGUGCUGCGGGAGAAAUCCGUUGCUUCUUCAACAAACCGGAAGAUUUCAUCGGAGAGCUUGUGUCUACCUCAGACCGUCGAUACAGUGAUCCCGAAGUGCGCGACUUUUUCCAGAAGGUUUUGAAGAAGGAUGGUGUUUUGUUAAUCCAAAUGAUCGAUGAGAACGGUGGCCGGCUCUUCUCAUCGGAAGUCGUCAAAGCAUUGUGGUCAUUGUGGAGGCAGAGCGGAGCAAGGAAACCGGUCCAAGACCAGAAGCCGCCCAAAAAACUGACCGCCAUCGACGAGGGCGAUGAGGAGACGUUCAAGGCAAUCCAU